AUGACCAAAAAUUUUUUGUAUUCUGCUCCGACAGGAGGUGGAAAAACUCUGGUAGCUGAUUUGCUCGCUAUUCGUAAUUUAGAAAGAAAUGGUCGGAUAAUAUAUUUGAUACCGUACAUAGCUCUUAUCAAACAAAAAGCUAGAGACUUAAAAAAAAUUUUUAAUGAUAGUAACAAAGUGGUUGUUGAACUGUAUUUUGGGUCUAAAGACACACUUAAUAACGAUUACGAUUUAGCAGUUUGCACUAUUGAGCAAGGCACAAAAAUUAUUCAGAGCAUUUUAAAAAAAAAAUCUAAGAACAAUCGUUUUUAUACGAUCAUAAUCGAUGAGUUCCACAUUUUUUUCACACCUGAACGGGGGUUACUGCUUGAAAAUAUGUUGAUUAAAACACAGCCUGAUGUAACUAACUUGUCUUGCCAAAUUAUAGGUAUGAGUGCAACAUUUCCUAACUUGAACGAGGUAGCCAAAUGGUUGAACGCUGCCACUUAUCAGUGUAGUUACAGGCCAAUUCCGCUAUUAGAAUUUAUAACUGCAAAAAUAUUUAAUGAGAUAGCUAAUUUGAACUGUGUAAAAGAGAGAAAACAGAUGCUGGGUGAUCUUUUUUGUAAUGGUGUGGCGUUUCAUCACAGCGGAAUGACCAACGAUGAACGUAUUUUGAUUGUAGAUUUUUAUGCAGACAAGACUAUUAAAUGUUUGUUUUGCACGACCGGGUUAGCUGCCGGAAUGAAUCUUCCUGCGCAUCGAGUAUUUAUUAACGGCAUAAAUUUGGGUAAAAGUCGGAUGAAUUUACUGGACUACAAGCAAAUUUCAGGACGAGCUGGUCGUGUGGGCUAUUCUGAUUUUGGUGAAAUUUUUGUUUUGGUUUCAACGAGUAACGAUUUCGAAAGAGCUACAAAGCUGCUGACUGACACAAAAUAUAAUUUAGAAUUAUCUUCUAGCUAUAGUCAAGUUAAUGAAAGAAAUGCGUUUGAUCGAAGAGCAUAA